CCCGCGCCGCCUGCUCCCGGCGCUCGGCCCUGCACGCCGGCGGGCAGCGCGGGGCCCACGGUGUCGAGUCCGCCAGCUCGGACCCGCUCCCGCACCCGACGGUCCCGAACCAUGGGAGUGUUGAUGUCCAAGCGGCAGACAGUGGAGCAGGUGCAGAAGGUGAGUCUGGCUGUGUCUGCCUUCAAGGAUGGGCUGCGGGACAGGCCUUCCAUCCGACGCACGGGUGAGCUACCAGGGUCCCGCCGUGGCACUGUAGAGGGCUCUGUCCAGGAGGUACAGGAGGAGAAAGAAGCAGAGGCAGGCACCCCAGUGGUGCAGGAAGAGAGCAGUGUCAACCGUGCAGCCUGGGAGCGGCUCCGAGAUGGGCGUGGAGUGGAGCCUGAGGAGUUUGAUAGAACCAGUCAUUUCACACCCCCGGCCUUCAUCCGCCCCACCCGGAAGCUGGAUGAUGACAAGUCUCCAGAUAUCUGCUUGGAUCCCAGAGAGCCUGUUGUCAACGAUGAGAUGUGUGAUGUCUGUGAGGUCUGGACAGCUGAGAGCCUCUUCCCAUGCAGGGUCUGCACCAGGGUUUUCCAUGAUGGCUGCCUGCACCGCAUGGGCUACAUCCAAGGAGACAGUGCAGCAGCGGUGACUAAGAUGGCCCACACAGAAACAGGCUGGAGCUGCCACUACUGUGACAACCUCAACUUGCUCCUUACUGAGGAGGAAAUGUACAGCCUCACAGAGACCUUUCAGCAGUGUAAAGUCAUCCCUGAUUGCUCCCUGACGCUGGAGGACUUUCUGCGCUACCGCCACCAAGCAGCAAAGCGGGGGGACAGUGACAGGGCCCUGAGCGAGGAGCAGGAGGAGCAGGCAGCCCGCCAGUUUGCAGCUCUGGACCCUGAACAUCGAGGCCACAUAGAGUGGCCUGACUUCUUGUCCCAUGAGUCCCUCCUACUUCUGCAGCAAUUGCGUCCCCAGAACUCUCUGUUGAGGCUUCUGACAGUCAAGGAACGGGAACGAGCCCGAGCCACCUUUCUGGCACGGGGCAGUGGGAACACCAUCAGCGAGACAGAGUGCCGCCGUGCCCAGCACUCUUGGUUCUGCAAAGGCCUUGCAGAGGUUCCUUCCUGUAGUAUCAGCAUCAGCCAUGUGGGUCCCAUAGACAGCAGCCCAGCCAGUGGGAGCAGCAAGAGUCAGGACAAGGCCCUGCUGCCCACAGAGCAAGAGUCCAGCUCAACUGCAGACCUACAAAAGUCUGCCAUCGUGUGGAGGACAGAGCCAGUCUCUUCCACAGCUCAAGAAAGCAGCUCCACAGAAGCCCUGAGCAAGACUCCUUUCAGCCAUCCUGGCAAUGAGGAUAGGAGACUGGGGCUUAAGAGGGGAAUUUGCAUCUCAGCUCUCUCAAACAAAAGGUCUGGUAAAGCCUCACAGAAGAUUUCCCCUUCUCCCUGUCAGUAAGACGUGGCCCACUGCUCACAACAUGUCCUUACCUACUAGGCUAGGGUCUGGGCCUAGCAUGGGAAGACUUUGGGGACAAGUGGAGGCUGUCACAAGGGCACCACCCAGGCCUCAAAGGCCCUACUCCCUUCCUACAUUCUCUUCAAGUUCUCAAGUCAGUGCAUGUUGUGGGUCAGUCCUGGCCCUGGGGUCCAGAUUCUUGCCAGGUAUGACUACCAAGAGUUAUUCAAGAUGUGUUUGAGCUCAGUCAUGCAGAACCUAACAUGUCUCCAUUGCUCAGGACACUUGUACUAAGUUGGGUGCUUAUAGAAGAAGGAGCAUAACACUCAGUGUUGAAGUGCUCAGAGGAAAGUGGGGAGCUGCAACCAGGGGCUUGGUAAGAGCCCUGUAUGGUCUCCUCCUGUAGGAACUGCCUGACCUAAAAGCAAGGUGAUAAGUUGCUGGGGUUGGAUUAUUUAGAGCCAAAAUGAAGCAGACAGGAGUCAAAUCUGGGUUCAUAUGUAUGGCCCUGAACAUUUCAAAACCCACAGCGUUUUAUAAAUACUCCUCAGCCUCAUUCCCAGGAAUGAUAAGUAGGAGGAGCCAUUACUCAGUCUAGUCAAAAAAAAAAAAAAAAAAAAAAAGUAAGCACAUGACUCAGGCCCAAGGACUGCAUCUGAAGCAGCCAGGCCUGGGGUUUUGCACUGAGAAGAUUAAAGCAAAUUAAGCACAGGGGCUCUUGCUUACUCUCCUGGUGAAUCACCCUCUGUGCCAGUGGCCUUGGGCUGCUUAAUCUCACAGCGCAUUUUGAGUAGAGACAAGUUCUGGGCUUUGAUAGCUGAACAGGUUUUUCUCCUGCCUCCUAAUCAAGGACUGGAAGUACAUUUUCUUGUUCCCUGAUCCUUCACAGAUCAAGGUAUGCCUACCGCUCUGGAUCUGCUGCUUCUAGCUCUCUGUGUGUGAGUGGUGAGAGACUGUGGGCCAGAUUGGGCCUGCUGUAUCCCAAGGCCUGGCAAAGUAGGCGCCAGAGUUCUUCCACAACAGGAGCAGGCUCAUUUGGGAUCACUCCUCUCCCUAUUCCAGCAAAGCAAGCUUCCUUGGUGGGGGCAUGCUGCAGGGGGCCCAGGGGACAGUGCUCCAGCAAAGAAUAGAUUUCCUAGUCCACAAGAGUCCUAGGAAGCAGAAAAGCACAGAGGAACAGCAGGCUUCCUCUCCAUAGACAUCUAGCUUUUUACCAAAGGGGAGGUUCCAGUCCAGAGUUUCAGAAGUCCCGCCCCAAGCCCCCAUCCAGAAUCUCCCUUUGCGUGUCCUAAACCCUGGAACCCCUCUGCAGUAUGUAUAGAGAUGUUCAAGCUUUUAUAAACCAAGUGAGGCCCAUUCUCUUUCCUUUUCAAGCCCUUCCAUCACUGCGGCUGUCCAAAAUUCUGCCAAGUACAAAAAUUAGUGUCUGGCUCUAAUAAGUGUAUGAGAAGAUGUUUCAGUCUUCUCUUCUUGACUGCCAAAAAUUCAGUGCUUUUCCCAAGCACCACCCACCCCACACUACCUGUCAACAAAGGGAGGUUUGGGUUACUUAUAUGCGCCUCUGAAGACCACUCGCCCUAUGCGUGCUUUUCACCCAACAGUCCUCUUCCCCAUGCUCAGAUUUAAAGGGGAAGCUAGAUGACAUGGAGGAGCUGCAGGGACAGAGGGGCAGCUGAGGGAGUGGCUAUGGCCAUGUAACCUCUGCAGAUCUGCUCCUUGGCUUCCUCUCCUGAGGCCAGCCUUCCCCAACAGAACAAUGAGCAGUGGCCACUGUGGUAUCCCAGCAGUGGAGCAGCUCCCUCACCCCUAGGUACUGAUCUCACUCUCAAGUGCUCUUCUUCCUUUGAGGACAGCCACAGCCAAAGCCAUGAGUACAUUGCCUCUUUCUGCCCUCAGCCCAAGUGACUGGGGCUGGCAGGGCAGACCCCAGCUUUUCUGGCCCUGGUGCUCCCUACAGGGAUGUCACCUUGGUCUUGUUUAAGUGGCCAGGUCUUGGGACUCCCCAAUUCCUCUCACCAGUAUGGAAAGCACAGAAUCCAACUGCCUGUGAAGAGGGCACCUGACCUGGGAGUGAUCCCCAGGGUUGUGCCCAGGCCUCUUAGCCCAAAGCACAACCUCAGCCAUUGCAGGUAUCAUGGCUUCAGUAAGAAUGGUGCCAGGAAGCCCUAAAACCAAGAGGGAAGCUCUGCAGAAGCUGUCUAGCAGAGCCCCAAGCCAGCCACGUCCACCCCAGAGCCAAGAGGAACCUCCAGGCGGAACUGAGAACUGGUAGCAGGCUCUAGCAGUCCUGCAAACUCGUCCUCUUCAACCCAGCAUAGUAAAGGAAGAUAUAUACUUGGCACUAAAAUACAGAACAACCUGAUGCCAGAACUUCAGGACAUCCUAACAGCAGAACCUGUAGUCCCUUCUUACCCGCCCCCACGCCCCUUUACAGUGAACUAAAAUUGCUACUUUCUCCAUGCCGCAUUGUUUGAACUUGCCCAGGAUACCUCUCUGGGCCCCUGGCUGCAGCCCAGACAACAGAGAUCUCCUUGAGUGAGGGAUAUUAAUGUAUCUUGCUAGUUCUCGACAGCUCGGCCCUGUAGUAGGGUGGGGCUGGGCAUUUUCUCUGUUGUUGCUUUUUUGCUGCCACUGUUUUUGGCAACCUUGAAUGGAAAAGAAAAUGAACAGGUUACAGAAUUUCCGUUAGACCCAACUAGCACAAAGGAAAAGCCCUUUCCCUCUGAUUCACGUGCCCCAGUGCCCCAGAGCACAGAGAAGUGGUCAGGUCUGGUCUGGGCCAGUAGCUAAGAAGCCCAAUCACAUUGCAGUUUGUAUAGCACUGGGUUGGCAUGACCAUAGAUGAGAAUAGCAAUGCAUGAGUACUAAGGUCUUUCUGUGUCCAUGGUGAAACUGAGGGCUUCAAGCUUAGUCUCCAGCCAUUGAGGAUGGGCUAUGAUCUGUCUCCCAGCCAGACCCAGGCUUGUGAGGGGAGCUCUGAGAGCACUUGAGUAACAAUGGAGGAUCCAGUGCCCUUUGUUCCCUCAUGCCCUUCCCAUGUGCUUUUCUGAGGAAGGUUACUGACAAUAAACUGAGGGAAACACCCCAAGCCCUGUCUUCCCAUCGCUACAGCUGCAUGCUCCUGCCUGUGGCUCAGCCUGCAGAGGCA